AUGGCAACGCACAAUGGAACAACCUCUCCAAACCUCCAAAUCACCAAACGCCCCUGGAACCAACGAGGCCACGCAGACCACGGCUGGCUCUACACCUUCCACACCUUCUCCUUCGCAUCCUACCACGACCCCUCCCACCAAGCCUACGGUCCCCUACGCGUAAUCAACGAAGACCGCGUCUCCCGCGGCACAGGUUUCGGCACCCACUCGCACUCUGAAUUCGGAAUUUGGUCCUACAUCAUCAGCGGCGAACUCGAACACAAAGAUUCCAUGGGCAAUCUCGAGAAACUUCGUCGCGGAGAAGUGCAAUUCACUAAUGCCGGGACGGGGAUUCGUCAUUCGGAAUAUAAUCGGAAUGAAGAGGAAGAUGUGCAUUUUUUGCAAAUUUGGAGUACGCUGAAUAAGAGGGGUUUGAAACCUAGUUAUUGUACGAGAAAGUAUACGGAUGAGAUGAAGAGGGAUGGGUUGGUGAGGAUUGUGGAGAGUGAGGAGAGGCAUAGUGGGAGGGAUUCUCCUGAGGAACCGAUUGAGAUUUAUGCGGAUUUGAGUAUGUCGGCUUCGAUUCUGUCGCCGGGAAGAAAAGUGGAACAUGAACUUGUUAAGGAGGGUAAGAGGGAGGUGUAUUUGCAUGUCAUCAUGUCGGAUCGUAAGCAGCCGAAGAGUGGCGGGGCGAAGAUCAGGAUUGGGGAUGUUGAGUUGGGAGAAGGUGAUGGUGCGUAUGUUAGAGGAGCAGCAGGGCCUGGGAAAAUUGCUGUGGAAAGUGUGGGAGAUAAACCGGCUGAGUUUUUGUUGUUUGAUAUGGGCCAGUCGUAG